AGGCCUAUGUAAGGUUACAGGUCAGAUAUAGAACUAAUAUUACUUAACUCUGACUCUGUAUAUAUAUUCCUUUCUUAGUGCUACAUUGGGGAAAUUUGCAAUUUGUUUCAGCAGAAAAGUGGAAAAAAAUUUUCUUCAAAAAGAUGAAUGUCUAUAAUAAUAUAAUAUGUACAAUUAGAUAUUUAAAUACGACAAAAAUGCAGCAGAAAUUGAAUAUUGCAGUUAUUUGGAUGAGACAACCUAAAUGCUUUUGGGUUCUUCCGUUCAGACGGGGACGGGCUUCGGAGAAGGGGGCGGGGCCAGCAUCCUGAGAGUUCAAAUUCUGGGCAUAAUGUCUCAAACAGCCUCCUCUGCACCUGCUGCUGUUCAGUCAGGUUAAUGGAUAAACUUCCUACCUGCAGAAGUAGAACUAGAGCCAGCCCGCAGCCCGGAACAGGCACACGGCGGAAGGGAGGAAAACACGGGAGGCACCGUUCUCUGAGAUCAAAAUAACUGCACUGUAGUUUUCACAGACUUGUUCCUGUCAACACCGGGACCGUUGAUCACACCGGGACCGUUAGUAACACCGAAAACUCCUACGCUGAUCCACAGGCUGUGGAUAAAGCCGCAGGUUAAAGUUAACUUAGGACCGGGGUGCGGACUGUUGGAACUGAACUUUGUAGCCGGUUAAUACCCGGACAUGGACCAAUACAGGUACUUUAUCUUCAACCAGAAGAGCGUACUCGUCUUCGGGAUCCUCCAGAUCGCCUGUGCAGGUCUUUGUGUGGUCUGUGGGUUCAUGGACGCGGUUUUCCGCAAGGACACCCCGCUGAGUACCACCAGGACGCCGGUGUGGGGAGGACUGAUCAUGGCCUCUCCAGGUGUUCUGGCUCUGUUUGCCUCGCAGAGAAAAAACUCAGUGCUGGUCAGUGUGAUGGUGGCAGCAGCCGGCCUCUCCUGUGUGGCUGCACUCUUUAUCUCAGGUUAUGCCUGUCUGACGCUCACCUACGGGGAGGAGAAUGAGGAUGUCUUCCACCACCAUGACAGUCCUCAAGUGACAUUUGUGCUCCAUCGGAUGGUGAAGGGAGCCAACGCCACCAUCCUGCUGACCUGCACCAUCAGCCUGGCCCUCUCCUCUCUAGUCGCCUUCCUGGGCUGUCGCAGUCUGCCCCGCUGUGGCUGCUACGACGCCAGAACAGGACUGGAGACACUUGUUCCUCAAUGUGACCCUGGGGACACGGAGAUGGUGUGUACCUGGAGAGGUGGUGAUCAUGACACACUCUUCAACUCAGCUCAGUCCACUGACCAAGGCCCCACUGAGGAAGAGGAGAGGCCCUCUAAACUGCCUCCGUACACCAGACUGACCUGACACACUUAGUCGGGGAGGGGUCUCAAGAUUUCAUUCAAACCUUGCC